AUGGCAGCCCCAAAGGAAAAUAGCCUCUUCCCUCGCAAUCCCUACUAUAUCCCUGGCUAUGAGGGCUUCAUCCCUCAGUUCAAGUAUCAGGUUGGAGACACUUUUGGCAAGACCACUUACCAUCUGCUGACGGACCCUGGUGUUGCAAAGAGCCCUCGCCCCUUGCUGGCGCCGCUGCAGAGGCAGAAGUGCGUUGAAGACUUCGGCAGGAGGAAGGAUGGUGUCCAGGGUUACCUCCCUGGGCGUCCAGGGUGCUUUCCCUGUGAGAAACCUGGGGCUGCAACAAGCUUUUCUGAACCGGUCCUUGGGCCAAAACCUCCGCUGCUGGGGCCAGGGCUGCCGGAGGAAGAGCUGAUGAUGAUGCCCAUGGACCCCAAGCCCCAGCACCACCCCGGUGAGUACGCCCCGAGGACACAUCUGCCUCAGGGGUACCAACGGAGGAUUUCAUGUCAUCCCGCAUCUGAGGGGCAAGAGUGGCAAUUGCCCACGAUAGCCCCGGCCUGCGGGCAGGGAAAAAGGUGCGGACCCGGCCAGCUCAGCGGUGACUUGGUGGGAAGCAAACUGCCUGUAGAAAUUGGUGUGACUCUGCCAGGAGUGGCUGAAACCACACAUGUGGAGCAAGAUUAUCGGUUCCCAAAACUGGAUAUACCAAAUGUGAUCCAACAGAAGGUCAUUCCAGGGUAUGCUGGGUUCAUUCCCCGCCUCACCUGGAUUAAUGGCGUGAACUACGUCCAGGCUGUGAAGAAAGCCAUGAACGAAUUUGACAGACAGCAGUUUAUGGAGAGAAACCCAGCUUGCAGCUUUGGCAAGAGAUUUCCCCAAACAUACUGGCCUAACAACAGAAUUUACACCAGUGCAGGACUGAUACCUUACUACACAGGCUUCGUACCAGACCUCCGCCACACCUACGCGCUUACUUUUGGAAACAGCACCCGAAAAGCUUACCAAAAGGAACAAAGGAGACAAGCCUGUGCACUGUGAAAAAUGCUUUAAUGGUGCCUGUACAGCAUUUGAAGUGACUUUGAGACAGGAAGAGGAACACAACACAGACAGAGAAAUUUUGAAUGAAA